AUGUCAUACUCAAACCUAUUACGGCCUCUCAAGCUGGGCGAGAUCGAGCUCAAGCAUCGCAUUGUUAUGGCGCCACUCACAAGACUCUUCACAGACGAGAACCACGUUCAACCGCCAUUAGCAGUGGAAUACUACGCCGAGCGCGCAUCCGAGGGUGGCCUAGUCAUUGCUGAAGCUACUGUCGUGUCGUUAGAACUCGGCGGCGGCAAGCAUACUCCUGGCAUCUGGACGCGUCCCCAAAUUGCUCGAUGGAAAGAAAUUACCGACGCCGUUCACGCCAAGGGAGCUCAUAUCUUCCUCUCGAUCGACUCUCUAGAACCACUGGCAGAUGCGGCUCUAUCAGCAGAGAAACGAGGCCGCUAUCCCAGCAGUACCAGCGAAACAUUGUCCAUCAAAAGGUGUGACUCACCUUCUGAGUCCCUACCUCCCGCCUUGGACGACGAAGAAGUCAAGUCGACGACCAGGGCGUUUGUCCAAGCGGCAAGAAACGCUGCCGCUGCUGGGUUUGAUGGUGUCGAAGUUGGUGCCAACGGGUACUUCAUCUAUCAAUCGCUGCACAGACACACAGAUAAGUAUGGUGGCCACGUUGAGAGCCGCGUUCGAUUUGCCCUCGAGGUGACAGCUGCAAUAGCAGAGGCCAUAGGUGCCCACCGAGUUGGUUUCCGCAUGAAUCCAUCCAGCGCUUUCCGCAUGUCGAGUCUCGCGCCCGAGUUCACAUCACUUACCCGACAGUUGAAAGAGCUGAGCUUGGCCUACAUCCAUAUCAUCAAGUCACGCGCCAUCACCAACAUCGAGUGCGACAAGUACGAGGGUAUCAAGCCGUUCCUCGCCAUCUGGGGGCAAGCAUCGCCUGUCCUUAUCGCUGGAGAAUUCACGCCUGAAUCUGCCAGAAGCGCCCUUGACACCGAGUAUCCCAACAGUGACGUCGCUCUGGUCUUUGGUCAACAUUUCCUUGCCGCGCAAGAAGCAAAACUUCCAGAAGACAACCCACUCGGUUACGAGGUUUCAGAACUUAGAACAUUGAACGCCAGCUUUUACACUGGAUUCUUAUGA